AUGAUGAACUCUCCAAACUUCACUGUGGCUACCUACAAUGUAUUCUACGUCUGUAAGGCUCCUACCAACCAGCAGGUGCUGGAUACAAUCUUGCGUUGUGACAAGGAUGUUGUGACUCUGCAGGAAGUCAACGAUGAGUGGGAGUCCUUCGUGACAAGCAGCGUGUUGAGUGACGUAUAUCCUCAUAUUCGGUUUCACAAUCCACCGGGGAAUAGUUGGGCUGGCUAUGCGGUACUGAGCAAGCAUCCCAUUAAGAGAUGGACGGUGAUUCCCAAAACUGAACGAUGGUGGUAUCCAGCGGGAUGUGUGACGCUUCAAAUUCCCACGCAUCAGGAACCAGAGCAUCCGUUCCAAACUUUACAGUUGUUGGUGGUGCACCUCCGAGCUCCUGUAGAGAUUUCAGUGGAGCCGUACUGGUGGGGUGGGCAUGCCAACUGGAUAGGAGGUUUCUUCUCCCAGCGUGUCAAGCAAAAACGACUUCAUGAAAUGCAAACGUUUGCCAGUGCAUUGGAUCCCAGCUUACCUACAGUGGUGGUGGGGGACUUUAAUGAACGACGAUGGAAUUCCCCUUGUUUACAGUAUCUGACGCAAGACUUGGGAAUGGUUGCCCUUGACAAAGUCAACAAAGGAGGCACAUGGUUUGGAAGUAGCUUUUGUUUGGGUGGACGGUGUUGUACGAAUUCGUGGAGCUUUGAAUUAUGUAAUGGCAUGAUCCCACUUUUGGCCCUAGAUUACGAUCACGUAGUCUAUUCCCCUGGUCUACUGGAAUGUGUCGGGAAUGUUGCCACCAUACACCAAGAUAGCCGAGGGAGCGACCACAGACUCGUAUCUGCCGAGUUUCAAUUCACCAAUCCAAAGAAGUCUCUAGCAUUACCUAUCGAGAUCUCAGGUAACAACAGAUUGUAG